UAUUUCAGGGUGGUUGAGUGUGGAAACUAAAAUGUAUGAAAUGUAUGUAAAACGUAAAAGUCGGUUUGCAUAUUUUAGAGAUGUGUUUGUUUUUACCUUUAAAGUCUUUUAUCUUGAUUGAUGUCUUAGUGAAAUGGAAUUAUUUCCUCUCAGAGAAGACAACAGAGGAUAUUUUAAGAAAUAACCACAACCAAUCAAUGGAUUCUGACAAUCAAAGAUUCUUAUGUGCGUGAGCAUGAGUAAUAGAGUAAUCAAGUAUAAAAGUACAGGUGAGCGGGAGCUAAGGUAAACAAAAGGGUAGCAGGACUGACAAAGGAACAAAAAAAUGAAUAGCUUCUCCAGGGAUUUUCAGGUGAAGAGCCUAGAGCAGAAAGUAAAACAUGCUAAAAAGCAUCUGGGUGACAUUUGCAACCUCAUGGGCUCCUACACCAGAAAGACAGCCAAGCUUCGCGAUAAGGCGGACCAGUUGGUGGCCCAGCUCUUUGACUACUCUAGCUCAGAGGGACCAGAGCUCCAGAUGAGCCUUAGGAACUUUGCAGAAGACCUAGCUAUUGUCCAGGAUUACAGACAGGCUCAGGUAGAGAGACUAGAGACAAGAGUUGUGGCUCCGAUGAAAGGGUACGGAGACAUCAUCAAAAACAAAGAGGUUGAAUUGAAAAGAUUCCGAAGUGAUUUGAACAGAGAGGUGAAAGAGUUGCAGAAGCUGGACAGAAUCCGACUGAGAAACCCUGCGGAUCGACAAAGUAUUUCUAAGGCUGAAGUCAGUGCUCAGAAAGCGUCCAACAAUGCCCAGCGAGGCGGCAGACACCUGGAGGAGAGUUUUACAGAUUUUCAAAGGCAGAAACUUGAGCAUGUCAAGAGAAUCUUCACAGACUUCAUCACCGUUGAGAUGCUUUUCCACGCAAAAGCCCUGGAGAUUUAUACAGGCACAUAUCACAACCUAGAGGCCAUAAACAAGGAUCCGGAGGCUUUUUCAGGUAGCAUCAAAAUAUCUGACUCACUGCCUGGGCAUCUGGAUAUGACUACAAGCAGUCACUCAUUUGCUCUCUUGAGUACCUACACCGGUGAUGCAUUGUCCUCUACUAAAGGCCCAAGACUUAGGUCCAUGCUGGAGUCUCCCACUGGCCAUAGCAGCCGACUGCAGCAUGGCCACCUCCACGAAGGAGCAAAACGAGGUCAUAAAAUCUUACAGCGUCAAAGAUGUUUGGAGGAAGAAGAAGACGAGGAAGAAGAAGUA